AUGAGGAUGGAGGCCGGUGAGGCAGCGCCGCCGGCGGGGGCGGGCGGCUGGGGCAAGUGGGUGCGGCUCAACGUGGGGGGCACGGUGUUCCUGACCACCAGGCAGACGCUGUGCCGCGAGCAGAAGUCCUUCCUCAGCCGCCUGUGCCAGGGUGAAGAGCUGCAGUCCGACCGGGAUGAGACGGGGGCCUACCUUAUCGACCGUGACCCCACCUACUUUGGGCCCAUCCUCAACUUCCUCCGGCAUGGCAAGCUGGUGCUAGACAAGGACAUGGCUGAGGAGGGGGUCCUGGAGGAAGCGGAAUUCUACAACAUUGGCCCGCUGAUCCGCAUCAUCAAAGACCGGAUGGAGGAAAAGGAUUACACCGUCACACAGGUCCCACCCAAGCACGUGUACCGCGUGCUGCAGUGCCAGGAGGAGGAGCUGACGCAGAUGGUCUCCACCAUGUCUGAUGGCUGGCGCUUUGAGCAGCUGGUGAACAUCGGCUCCUCCUACAACUAUGGCAGUGAGGACCAGGCAGAGUUCCUGUGUGUGGUGUCCAAGGAGCUCUACAGCUCUCCACAUGGGCUGAGCUCCGAGUCCAGCCGCAAAACCAAGCUGUUACAAGCCAGAGGCACCCGGAUGUAA